UUGUGAACUCGUUUUUGAUCUUUUGCUCCUUUGUUUGCAGAUCGCCAAUUUCGAGUAUGUUCCCAGCAGAAGCAUAUCUACUUGGCCUUAAGCCACUUAUGCAACGGAUUCAUCAUGAGAUGCACCAGAUUGAUGCUACCAUACUAGCUACUGUUCGUCCACAGCGUAACUCGGUAAAUAAAGCUAAAGAAGAUCUUGCUAAUGCUACACUUGCUGCACGGGAACUCUCUCAUAAUAUUCAAGAGAUAAAUUCUAAUGAUGAGAAAAGUGAAGCAACGGUCCAAGAAAUAUGCCGUGACAUCAAGAAGUUAGAUUUUGCAAAGAAGAACAUAACCACGGUAAUCACUCCCAUCCAUCGCCUCACAAUGCUAGUCUCUGCCGUUGUACAGCUUCAGGGGAUGGCGUCAAAUAGGCAAUACAAGGAGGCAGCUGCCCAGCUCGAGGCCGUAAACCAACUAUUGAAUCAUUUCGAAAGGAAUUGGGAUGUUCCUAUCAUAACGGAUGUCAGAGAAAAGCUUGAGAAUAUAAAGCAACUUCUUAAGUCUCAUGUAUUUUCUGAUUUUUCCAGUCUAGGUACUGGGAAAGAGACAGAGGAAACAAAUUUUCUAAAGAAGUUAUCCCAUUCCUGCUUGGUUGUCGAUGCGUUGGAGCCAUCUGUGAGGGAAGAGUUGGUAACCAACUUUUGCAGCAGGGAGCUUACCUCAUAUGAACAAAAGUUUUUAGGAGCUGAAUUGACAAAGUUGGAUGAAAUACAGCGGAUAUACAAUCAGAUAAAUUGUCAUAUCCGAACAAAUCAAGAAAUUUGGAAGAUUUUUCCUGCUUCGUGGCAUGUGCCUUAUGGACUGUGCAUCAAGAUGUGCAAGAUAACAAGGGACCAAGUAGAAUCUAUUAUGGUUAACAUGAAAGAGAAGCCAACUGUAGCGAGAUUGCUUCAGGAACUGAAAAGGACGCUAAAUUUUGAACUGGAACUUGAAAUGAAAUUUGGUGGUGGUGUUCCUACUAAGAAUAUCGGAGAUGACAUUGAGGAAACUGUUGACGGGGAAAAUUAUAGUCCGAAUGUAUCCGAAAUUCACAUGAUGUAUGAAAUGAAGUUUGCUGCUAAUCACGACUUGGUGGAAACUCAAAAAACGGGAAUCAAAGAUUUAUCUGAUUCUGGAGGCAGGUUUAACUUCCGUGGAAUUAUCUCUUCUUGCUUCGAGCCUCAUUUAAUCCCUUAUAUUGAGGAGGAACUUAUGCAAUGCCUGGAAAAAGUUGUUCAGGAGGAAACAUGGGAUAUUGACGAGGAAAAUCUAAAUAAUAUUUUAUCUAGCAGUAGAGAGUUGUUUUUGGCUAUAAAGAAAAGCUAUGACAAGUGUAAAGCUCUGACUAAGAACCUGACUUUAUUCAAGUUAUUCAAGGUCUUUCAACGAGUUCUACAAGCCUAUGCUACAAAGCUAUUUUUUAAGCUCUCCACAGGAGGCACUCAUAAACAGAUAAAGGUCUCGGGGAUAGAUGAAAGGGUGAUAUGUUACAUAGUUAAUUCUGCUGAGUAUUGCUGCAAAACAUCUGGUGACUUGGCAGAAGAAGUCUCAACAAUUAUUGACCCGCAUUACGCAGAUGGUGUAGACAUGUCAGAGGUCCAGGAUAAAUUUUCGUGCGUCAUAACGAAAGCAUUGAUGACACUAGUCCGUGGACUGGAAACUAAAUUUGACACAGAAAUGCAAGAGAUGGCACGUGUUUCAUGGGGCACACUUGAGAGUGUUGGUGACCAUUCUCAGUACGUAAAUGGAAUAUAUACAAUCCUUAAAAACAGCGUUCCUGUCCUCGGGGAACUUCUAACACCAGUUUACUUCCAAUUCUUCCUGGAAAAGUUGGCAUCAUCCCUUGGGCUACGGUUCUAUGCUAAUAUUUUCAGAUGCAAGAAAAUAUCAGAAACUGGAGCUCAGCAGAUGUUGCUAGAUACGCAAGCCAUGGAGAUGAUUCUUCUAAAUAUUCCAUCUCUUGACAGACAGACUGUAAGUGCUGCAAGCUAUUCGGAAUUCGUGAAGCGUCAAAUGAGCAGAGCUGAAGCAGUCCUAAAGGUCAUACUCUCCCCAAUCGAUUCAGUGGCAAACACAUAUAGUGCACUGUUUCCAAAAGGAACACACAUGAAGCUUCAGCGCAUCUUAGACCUUAAGGCAAUUUUGGCAUUCUGAAUCCAUUUUCAUACUUGAUUACUCUCACACUAACAUCCUCCUCCAGUAACAUUCUCUUCACUGUCUGGAAAAUCCUCUCUUAUAUUCAGCCAAAACAGGUAUCUUAAUGUACUAGGUCCUUAGAGAAAGGUGUAACAUAUUUGAUGUUGCAGGGUCUUACGAAAGCCACUCAGCAGAGUAUACUUGAUGAUUUCAAUAAGCAUGCCCCAAGAAUCACACAGCCUUUGGUUGCAGCAGAAAAUCCACAACCGGUUCCAAUCCCACCUGCACCGCCAUCCGAAAUCACUAUCCGGCUGUAGUAGUUUAGUUCAUAGCAAACAGUGAGGAUGUUACAACUUGACUUGCAACCGUUAGCUAUAAGAAAGUUCAUUGACCGUACCUUGAGGAAACUCUUUAAGGAAUGAUUUGU